AUGGCUAACUUACGUACUCAAAAGAGACUUGCCGCUUCUGUCAUCGGUGUUGGUAAGAGAAAGGUUUGGUUAGACCCAAACGAAACCACUGAACUUGCUCAAGCCAACUCUAGAAGUGCUAUCAGAAGAUUAGUAAAGAACGGUACCAUUGUCAAGAAGGCUGUCACCGUCCACUCCAGAUCUAGAACUAGAGCUUACGCUUUAUCCAAGAGAGCUGGUCGUCACACUGGUUACGGUAAGAGAAAAGGUACUAAGGAAGCUCGUUUACCAUCCCAAGUCGUCUGGAUCAGAAGAUUAAGAGUCUUAAGAAGAUUAUUAGCUAAGUACAGAGACGCUGGUAAGAUCGACAAGCACUUAUACCACACUUUAUACAAGGAAGCUAAGGGUAACGCUUUCAAACACAAGAGAGCUUUAGUCGAACACAUCAUCCAAGCCAAGGCUGAUGCUCAACGUGAAAAGGCCUUAGUUGAAGAAGCUGAAGCUAGAAGAAUGAAGAACAGAGCUGCUCGUGAAAGAAGAGCUCAAAGAGUCGCUGAAAAGAGAGAAGCUUUAUUAAAGGAAGAUGCUUAA